CAGGAGCUUCCGAGCUGCAGUAACAUUGUAUCACGCAAUCUUCACAUUGUAUUGAAGACAUAGCGCAAUACGAGUCAGGAAUUAGGACAGAUCAAUUCCGGGUCAGUUGAUCCUCUCGACUUACCAAGACUGAGCUGGGGAUACUUAAAUAACAAAUCUAACAAGCUAUGGCCUUUGUAAAUCCUACCGGAUAAUCUCUCUCCAGAAUGCCUGUACCCGUUCCCCAGCUUGGCUCAUUUGAUUAUGUCCCAGAGACCAAGGAAAACCUCGACUGGGCCGACCUUGUCACUGUGGAUCUCAGUCUAUACAGCACCCCGGAGGGAAAGAAGCAACUCGCCCAAACUUUAAUCAAUGCCAUACGAAAUGAAGGAUUUCUCUACGUGAAGAAUUUCAACAUUUCUCAGGAGCGUGUAAAUCGCCAGUUUGCAUUAGGAAAGCAAUUCUAUGAACUACCCCUCGAGGAGAAGGAGAAGUACACGCCGGAGGGAUUAGAUCAAGGAAAGUUCAAUGGAUAUAUUCCGGCUGGGCGAAGGAUUAUUAACCUUGAUACGGGUUUGCGGGACAAAACUGAGAUGUACAACAUUCCAAAAUUCACUGGCGAGUUUCCGCACACACAUCCUGAAUUAAUCCGGAAAAAUCUCCCGGAGAUUGAGGAAUUUGCAAGAGCGCUUCACACAGAGGUCUUGGACCCACUCUUCGUAUUGCUUGCUAUCGCCCUCGAACUUCCGGAAGAUUACUUUACCAAGAUUCAUCAAUAUUCGGUGAAAAGCGAGGACCAUCUCAGAUACAUGAAAUAUUCCAAGUAUUCUUUGGAGGAGAACAAGUCGUUAGAUAACUGGGGGUAUGGCCAUACGGACUUAGGAAGCUUCACUCUGCUAUUCCGUCAGCCUGUUGCUGCCCUCCAAAUUCGAUCCCACUUGGAUAACGAAUGGAAGUGGGUCAAGCCACAAGAUGCAACAUUGACUGUUAACGCGUGUGAUGCCCUGCAAUUUUUGACUGCGGGAUAUGUUAAAAGCACCAUACAUCGAGUUACCGUACCCCCUUUGGAUCAACAACACGUUGACCGUUUGGGGUUGUUAUACUUCUCUCGCCCGCACAACGACGUACCUCUGGCGACCAUUCAAGAAUCACCCGUUCUUAAACGUGAGGGGUUCACCAAGAAUGAGUUUGAGAUUUCUGAAAAUCCCGUUCCUACCAUGGAAGAAUGGACCUUUGCAAAACAAAAGUGGCAACGAACCAAGGGUUACCACGGCGACUCUAAGUACAGAAAUGCAGUCAUUCUUCCUGGGUUUGCCGAAAAACCGUAUGUUUGAGUCAGAAUGUUUAUUACAAUACAUACUUGGGUAUGUGUAGUAGGAAUGAGCCAUGUAUUUUUACUAUUUCUAGGUUCAGUAGAAGAUAUUCAAAACGACUAAGCUUAAGCUUUGACGCCACCCAUCGAGUUUGACUCUCGUUGACUGCCAAUAUCCGGAGAGUAGCGCUCAUACCGAUCA